CGAAAACUAGGAAUCGAUAUUGCAAGGAACUCUCUGUCCUCUCCAUGCUGCCUUCUCAAAUCUUCAUCUUCACAGCUGAUGCGGAUUGUGGCGAGAACGAAUUCCUGAAAAUUAGCUGCAAUGGAAGCACCUAAUCAGUCUGAUCUGCGAUCUGAUUUGAAACCUCAAGUCACGUACCGCUGCAAGAAAUGUCGAAGAAUCGUUGCUACAGAGGAGAUGGUUGUUCCCCAUGAACGUGGAGGUGGGCAGAAGUGUUUUAAGUGGAAAAAGAGAAGUCAUACCCAAGUGGAAAACGAGCCACCUGAAUGCUCAUCUAUUUUUGUAGAGCCCAUGAAGUGGAUGGAAUCAUUACAAGACGGUGGUGUGGAAGACAAGAUUAUGUGCAUGGGUUGUAAAACCCGGUUGGGAUCCUUCAAUUGGGCUGGCAUGCAGUGCAAUUGUGGGAAGUGGAUCACUCCUGCGUUUCAGCUGCACAAAAAUCGGAUUGAUGAAUGUCAAUUAUGAUCGAGGAUCUUAUAGCAUAUUUUUGUUAGUUUAGCAAUAUUGUCAUGAGUAUAAAGCAGUUGGUUGGUACUCUAUUUGGCAAGCUUUUAGUCUAGCAUGCUUGAGAGUCCAUCAUACACUUCUCUCCUGGUUUAAUGUUUCUGAUGAAGCCCGCUAGUAAUCUUGUAAAUCAGUAAGUUGGUCGCACUUUUGCAUGUCAUGUAAUCUAGCAGGUGGGAGUCAACACGACUAAGUUUACUUGUAUACCAAAAGAAGGAACUGCUAUUAGCUGAAAUUCAGAGAGAAGCAUGUUGUGGAGAUGCUUUUUGAUACUAACUUCUGAUUUACUGAGCGUUUAGAACAGAGCUACCUUGUACGUAAAUUUAGUAAUCUCACGUGUUCUAAAUUCAUAGGACACAAUGUUGCGAGAACAGGUGCGUUUGUACUCCUAUAUUACGGAGAUAAUGUUCGAUCUCACCAGAUCAACAAAUUACAAUCCGGGAAGAUGGUCAAAAUUAAGUGGCAUACUGCACUUGCAUACUCCAUGGAGAGCACAUACACAACGUUACCAUGGCAAUAACUCCCUUGUUACAAAAUGAUAAAAACGGUCGUCAUUUCUUCACUACAUUACUGUCAACAGAAUUCUGCAACAGGCAUCAGCAAAGAAGAUAAUAUCAUGUCAGCCUAAAAAAGAGAAAGAACUCUUGCUACACAAUUUUCUAAUGUAGCAAGAUGGUACUUUUACAAUUAUUUUUUAAAAUUGUUUCUAUUUGUGUUAGUGCACAAUUGUAACACUUUAGGAUAUAAUUGUAGCUGACUAUCUACGAUUUGCAUAGUGUCUCACCGUUGACCUUUCAGUCUAACCACCUCGCAUUUCAUUUCACCACUGAAGCCUGCACAGUUCAGUUGACAUGUUCUUCUGUUGCCUGGCUUCGAAGUCCCCUCUCCAGCUUGCUUCUCUUGCCAUUCCCAUCAAGAACAGUGCGACUGAUUCUUCUGAUUUCUUUGUUCUUUUUGCAUUUUAUCUUAUUCAAGCUUCUCUUUCAAUUUUCUGUAAUUACCUAGCACUCUAACCAAUUACUGAACUUUGCAAUCUGAUCAAUAAAAUCCUUCUGCUGAUGCCAAAAGUUGAGAACUUUAUGUAAUCGUGAUAUCUAUUUUGGUUGGUAUUGGAUCAUACCUAAUUUGAGGAAAUUCUGAAAAUUUCUUAAUGUGAGGGAUAGGGAGGAAGAAAACGACGGCUUAUGCUGAAGUGACCUCUCUAAUUCAAACCCUUGUACAUCUGGAGAAAUUCCCCUGUAUUCUUUUCGAAAGUAAAAUAAUUUAGGCCAAAGGUUUCAAUAAAAAUGUGGAUGAAGUCAUACAGCUUUUGGAACUAGGAGAAAACGAGUGGGAUCAUACAUUAUAUUAGAACUGUCAAGUACGAUCCUGAAUGGCUUCUGUUACAAUAUCAGCCAUUAAGAAGAGGGAAUCCUUUUCAUCUAGAGUCACUCCAAGUGGGAUCUUGUAUUGGUAGAGCAUCAAAUAUGAAGGAAGAAAAGGAAAAGAUAUUGGAAGAGAUGAGUUCUUUUCACGCAGAGCUGAAAGAAUUCCUUGAUAUGAGGCCGCGUUUGACCAAGUCAGUCAAGCGUGAUACUUGAUGCUACUGCUACAUCCCCAUCAAUUAAUCCUUUCCUCUUUUUGUUUCUUCCUCUCCCAAUUAAAAAUCACGCUUUCUGAUUCUCUUUUUCUCUCUCCCAAACUAGGCCUAAAUUCUUCUCACUCAAAAAGGAAUCUUGUGCAGAAUUAGAAAGCAGGAAAUCAUUCAAGAUAGUGUUGAUCAGUUAGUUACCAGUGAAACCACCCUCGCUGGCACUUUUCGCUUGUGAUUGCGAUCAAUAUCAAUUAUGCUUGCUGCUCAGUUCAUCCCAAAUUGAAUUUCUUACUCGGUAUCUGCCUAGCACAAAUUGCAAAUGUUGGAAGCAAUAGUUUGAGAAAUCUGUAUGAAACAUGUAUUCUGGGACGGGCUAAAAAAAUGUGAGGAAGACAUUUAAUUUGGGGCAGAUUAAAAAUCUUGUGUGAGAACUGCAGACCUAUAUUGUGGGAGAGAUAGAUGGCUUAUGCUGCUGUGGCUUCUCUUGUCCAAACGCUAGAGUACGUGUUGAAAUUUUCACAUUUGGUUUUCCAAAUCAAGAUAAAGCGUGCCGAAGUUUACAAUAAAAGAGUUGCUGAAGUCAUAAAGCUUUUGGAAGCAACAUCAAACGAGUCGGAAUAUCAUCUGGAGCAAGCUAUUGAUAUAUUGGAUUCGCCGAAAGGGAAACGGGCUAUUCGGUAUCAGUAUGAUAGUGGAUGGCUUCUGUCGCAAUACCAGCUGCCAAGAAGAGAAGGGCGAGUUCUGUCAGUGGAAAUGCUGGAAAUGGAGGAACAAAAGAAAAACAUUUUGGAAGAGAUUGAUUCAUUUCAGGCAGGCUUGAAUGUAUUUUUUGGUGUAACCGGUCCUCACAUCAUCAGGGGAGAUGCAAGAAACUACUUUCUUUGGCAACUUGUUCGUACGCUGGUAGGAGAACAGCGUCUGGGAAGGAACCAACUCAAAAAGAAAAUAGUUUAUUUUUACAAAGUGACCAGGGACACAACAAAUUUGUGCAAGGAGCUUCAGUCCUUGCUGAUCAUUCUUGACAAUCCUUCAAAUAAAUGCCUUGAUAUAUUGAAAAGUAUCCAAGAUGUUGCAUAUAGAGCCAGAGACAUUUUUGACCUACGCAUAAUAAAAAAUCAAGUUGAGCCUGCCUUGACAUACUGUUUAAGGGUUAGGAAAGGAGAUCCAGAAGGGAAAAGUUCUUUUGAAGAGAGGGUCAACAGGAUUUUCGGUCUUGAAGAGAGGGUCAACUGUCUUUUCGGUGCAAAUGCUGUCAAAUUUUUGCAGAAGACAUUAGAAAAUGUUCGUUCUAUUAAGAACAACAUCAAAGAAAUCAAUUCUGAGGAGCUUACUGUUGAAGAUUUGCAAUUGGGGUCUGCUUCACUUGAUGGUUCACAUCAAGCCCAAGGCAGUACAAAUCAGGAGGAUGCUGUGGUGGGUCUUGAUGACGAUACGAGGAGAAUCACAGAAAAGCUUACUAGACCACCACCAUUUCAACUAGAAAUUCUGACAAUUGUGGGUAUGGGCGGCAUUGGCAAAACCACUCUUGCUAGAAAAGUUUUUGGUCAUUGUUCAAUUGUUUUGCACUUUCAUUGUCGUGCAUGGGUCACUGCAUCCCAAGUUUAUGAAGUUAAAGAUUUGCUCUUCAGCCUCUUGUGCUCAGUUUCAGAACCCACUUAUGAAAAGCAUGAAAAGAGUAAAGAAGAUAUAGGUGAAGAGCUUUAUAGAAAACUGAAGGGUAGAACAUAUUUGAUUGUCAUGGACGAUUUGUGGAGUAUCAAGGCCUGGAAUGCUGUCCAGGGAUAUCUUCCAGAUGACAGAAAAGGAAGUCGUAUAAUAUUGACUAGUCGGUCCAUUAUUACUGAGUUGAAACCCGAGGAGAAACCUUACCAUUUCAUGAGACUUCUGGAUAGAGAUCACAGUUGGGAAUUGCUGGAAAAGGUGGUAUUUGGAAGAAAAAGUUGCCCACAUGACUUGGUGGAUGUCGGAAAGCAAAUCGCUGAUAAAUGUCAGGGACUACCCCUGGCGAUUGUUGUUGUUGCUGGUCUUCUCUUGCGAACUAUGAGAAGACUAGACUGCUGGCAAGACAUUGCGGAUAGCGUAAGGUCAUUUAUGCGCAAUGAUCCUACAAAUUGCCUGGACAUACUUGCUUUGAGUUACAAGAAGUUGCCCAAUCGCCUGAAAGCCUGUUGGUUGUACUUGGGGGCUUUCCCUGAAGACUGUGAUAUUGAAGUUCAGAAACUCGUUCAUCUUUGGGUUGCUGAAGGUUUCUUGGAUCCAGAACCCAUAGCAGACAUGGAACAGGUUGCAGAGGAUUAUUUAGACGACCUAAUUGGCAGAAACUUGGUUUCGGUGGGAAAGAGAAAUUUUGAUGGGAAAGUCAAAACAUGUCGCCUCCAUGAUUUCUUGCGGGAACUAUGCGUGAGAGAAGCUGAGAAAGAGAAGUUCAUGUAUGUCACACCAAGAGGUGCCCAAGGUUUUCGAACAGGCAUACGGGAUAUGUAUCGGCUCAGUAUCCACUUUGACUCUAUCACUGAUUACUCGGUGCCAUCAUUUAGACAUGCCAUAUCAUUUAUGUGCUUUAGUUUGGGUUAUGGCUUUUCGCCAGAUCUCCUAUUGUUGGAAUUACAGCUUAAAUUGCUGAGAGUAUUAGACAUAUACUUUCUUCAUUUUGAUCAUUUCCCCAUCCAAGUACUGGAAAUGGUUCAUUUGAGGUAUAUCGCAUUUAAUGUUACUUAUGAGCUUCCACCGUCAAUGUCCCAGCUUAGAAAUCUCCAAACCAUACUCAUUCGUGGCCCAUGGGAAAGCCCCAUUCUGUCUUUGGAAUAUUGGAGUAUGCCAUCCUUGAGGCAUUUUCACUGUAGUGUAGUUAGUCACUUGAAGAAACCCACAAUUGGUAGGAAGAGCUUUGAUCGACUGUUUGCCCCAGAAUAUCUGCUUAGUCUCUCCACGAUAAGCUUCUCUUCUUGCACGCGGGAGGUUUUCAACAGCAUGCCCCAACUGAAGAAGCUAGGCAUCUGUGAAACAGAAAAGGACUACAUUACAGGUGUUUCAUCUGAAUGCCUAGCCAAUCUGCACUUGUUGUGUAAACUGGAUACUCUCAAGUGUUCAUUUUUCAGAGAAACAAGUAAAACGCGGGAUUUAUGUCGGUUUUCUUUACCCUACAAGCUCAAAAAACUGACUUUGAGUUGGAGCUAUCUUCCAUGGGGGGAUAUGGCCAGUUUUGCCAAUUUAGGCCACCUUACAGUACUCAAACUGAAAAACUUUGCCUUUCAAGGACCAAGAUGGGAACUAAAUGAAGGGGCAUUUGGUUGUCUAAAGUCGUUGCUAAUAGAAAGUACAGAUCUAGUACACUGGGAGGCCACAAGCACUGAUCAUUUUCCAUGCCUUGAACACCUGCUUCUGAGGUCUUGCAAAUCCUUAGAGGAGAUCCCUUACGGUAUUGGGGAACUUCCUACCCUCUCACUACUUGAGGUGCACUACUGUAGCAAAUCUGCAGAGGAUUCUGCUAAAGAAUUUGGAGGGCAAAUUGAAGACCUGAAGGUUGUCACGAGAAGUGAUAUUUAGGUGAAAAUAUCAUGAAAGAUCCUUGAUUUCUAAUUUCUAUGUGCACCAAUGAGUCGGAAUUUUCAUAAAUAUGGUUGUUUGUCUAAAAUACCAAAA